GCGCGUCUCGCGAGACUUCCUGGGCUAGUUCUGGCGGAAACGGAAGGAGGCGUGUCCUUUCCCUCUACGAGCGAGACGGCAAGAUGAGCAAAGUCUCCCGUGACACGCUCUACGAAGCCGUGAAGGAAGUCCUUCAAGGGAGUCAGGCGAAGACACGCAAGUUCUUGGAGACUGUGGAGUUGCAGAUCAGUCUGAAAAACUAUGACCCACAAAAGGACAAGCGUUUUUCUGGCACUGUCAGGCUCAAGUCUGCUCCACGGCCUAAAUUCUCAAUCUGUGUAUUGGGGGACCAGCAGCACUGUGAUGAGGCCAAAGCUGUUGACAUCCCUCACAUGGACAUAGAGGCUCUGAAGAAACUUAAUAAGAACAAGAAGCUUGUAAAGAAACUAGCCAAGAAGUAUGAUGCUUUCUUGGCCUCCGAGUCCCUGAUCAAGCAGAUUCCUCGAAUCCUGGGGCCAGGACUGAACAAAGCUGGCAAGUUUCCUUCUCUCCUCACUCACAAUGAGAACAUGGUGGCAAAGAUUGAUGAGGUCAAAUCCACAAUAAAGUUUCAAAUGAAAAAGGUGCUCUGUCUGGCUGUGGCUGUUGGGCAUGUGAAGAUGACUGAGGAUGAGUUAGUCUACAACAUUCAUCUGGCCAUCAACUUCUUGGUCUCUUUGCUGAAGAAAAAUUGGCAGAAUGUGCGGGCCUUGUACAUCAAGAGUACCAUGGGGAAACCCCAGCGCCUUUACUGAUGAAAAUAUAAUUAUUUUUGACUACCUUAACAUGUGUGGAUUUUGGCUUUAUAAAAGUCCUAGUACCUAGAA